AAAAUCCACCACGUAUACCCUCACCUCAACGACCUCGUAUCGCCACCGCAUGAUCUAAGCACCGCCUACGUGAUCUUAUUACCAUUGCAACGUGUCCCAUUCUCAACCGGCUACAACCGGUUUUUGUAGGGUUAAACACUGCUCCAGCCGGUCACUAUUCCCGCUAGGACGGAAAGAUCUGGAGGUUCGUUUGGUUGGCGAGGAUAGUAAGUAUAAUCGGAUAAUUUUGAUGUUUCUAGGUUGUUUUAAUGAAAUUUUGAAGGUUAUAUAAGAAGGGUUGAACUUAGUUCUGCAUUCUAGAGACUGGAAUAAAUUAAGGGGUAAGCACUGGAGAGGUACUUGGAUACCAGCCACCAGGGGAUUGUGCCUCCAAUGGCGCCUUCUCGGGUGGCUGGAGGGAUGGCACAUUCUUCUUCAAGUUCUGGUAUCUUUUUUCAAGGAGAUGGGCAGUCUCCAGUUGCGGGGAAUUCUCACUUGACUUCAUCUUUUGGGAAUUCAUCAAAUUCUCUACCUGGAAAUGCACGGUCAAGCUUGGGUCCUCUUUCUGGGGAUGUCAAUAAUACAGUUUUGAAUAGUGUAGCAAGCUCAGGUCCUAGUGUUGGGGCAAGUUCGUUGGUAACGGAUGCCAAUUCAGGACUUUCAGGGGGUCCCAAUCUUCAGAGAAGUGCCAGCAUUAAUACGGAGUCCUACAUGCGGUUGCCUGCAUCACCUUUGUCAUUUUCUUCAAAUAACGUAAGUGUGUCGGGUUCAUCUGUUAUGGAUGGAUCCACUGUGGCUCAGCAAAGCUCUAACCAAGAUCCCAAUUCCCAACAACCUCAACAUAAUCAGCAGCGUCACGGCACUUCUAGUGCCACCUCUUUGCCCACAUCUAGAGUUGGGCAGGUUCAGCUGGCCAAUGGUCCCAAUGGUCAAGGCGUUAGGGUUGCUGGAUCAUUCAUCCAGGAUCCUGUUGCUUUGUCACAGAUGCAAAAGAAACCGCGGCUAGACAUUAAGCAGGAAGAUAUUCUGCAGCAGCAGGUUCUGCAACAGCUGUUGCAAAGACAAGAACCUUUGCACAUGCAGAACCCCAGUCCUCAGUUACAGGCCUUAGUUCAGCAGCAGAGGCUGAGGCAACAGCAGCAACAGCAGCAACAGUUGUUGCAAUAUCUGCCACCAAUGCAGAGGGCCCAGUUACUGCAACAACAGCAGCAGCUGCAGCUAAGGCAACAACUUCAACAACAAAGCGUGCAGCCGGUAUCAGGGAUGAAGCGUCCCUCUGAUGGUGUCUUGUGUUCGAGACGGUUAAUGCAAUACUUGUAUCAUCAGCGUCAACGACCUCCUGAUAACUCCAUUGCCUAUUGGAGAAAGUUUGUGGCAGAGUAUUAUUCCCCACGGGCAAAGAAAAGAUGGUGCUUGUCAUUAUACGAGAAUGUUGGGCAUCAUUCACUUGGCGUGUUUCCACAGUCAACCAUGGAUGCAUGGCAUUGUGAUAUUUGUGGCUCAAAAUCAGGCAGAGGAUUUGAGGCAACUUUUGAAGUUCUUCCUAGGCUGAAUGAAAUCAAAUUUAGCAGUGGUGUCAUUGAUGAACUCUUGUAUUUGGAUUUUCCGCGCGAAUACAGAUACCCCUCAGGUUUAAUGAUGCUGGAAUAUGCAAAAGCAGUUCAGGAAAGUGUAUAUGAACAACUUCGUGUGGUUCGGGAGGGUCAACUCCGUAUCGUUUUUACCUCUGAUCUUAAGAUAUUGUCGUGGGAGUUUUGUGCUCGGCGCCAUGAAGAAUUUCUUCCUCGGAGAUUAGUUGCGCCACAGGUAAAUCAAUUGCUGCAGGUUGCUCAGAAAUGCCAAAGCACAUUAACAGAAACUGGACCUGAUGGGGUUUCUCAGCAGGAUUUACAAGCAAACAGCAACAUGGUUGUCACGACUGGACGUCAACUUGCCAAGAGUUUGGAAUUGCAGUCACUUAAUGAUUUGGGAUUUUCCAAAAGAUAUGUGAGAUGCUUACAGAUAGCUGAGGUCGUAAAUAGCAUGAAGGAUUUGAUGGAUUUUAGCAGGGAGCAUAAAGCUGGUCCCAUUGAGGGCUUAAAGAGUAUUCCACGGCAUAGUAAUGCAGCCAAAUUUGAGGCGCAAAAUAUCCAGGAAACGGAGCAGCAGAUGGGUAGUAUUCAGGGUCUGCCAACUGAUCGCAAUGCGUUGAACCAGCUUAUGUCACUGCACCCUGAGCUUAAUAACCAAAUAAGCAAUAACCUGCACAUGGGUGGUCGGGGAGCUUUAAGUGGCUCUGGACAAUCUGCUCUUGCUCUGUCAAACUUCCAGAAUUCGCUCAUGCGGCAGAAUUCAAUGAAUUCAAACACAAACACUAUCCAACAAGAUGCUGCUUCUUUCAAUAACUCAAACCACACUCAAUCUUCUCUAUUGCAAGGGCCAAAUGGUAUGCUGCCCGGGACAGUGCAGAACAUACCCGUCAGUGGGUUGUUAAGUACCAAUCUGCAGCAACAACAACAACGAUUACUGAGUAGCGGCUUACUCCCACAAAAUCAGUCCCAGUCCUCGCAGGGAAGCCAGGUCCUCCAGCAUCAAAUGAUCCAGCAGCUCCUCCAGGACAUGAAUACAAGUAGUGGUGGUUGUGGAGUUCAACAGCAGGGACUUGCUGGACAGAGUGGAGGUGGUAGUUCUUCAAGGGAUGGGCUUGCAGUUGGCAACAAUGGUUCUAUGGCUGAUACAACAGCGUCACAUGGGCCAGAAAGCAGUGUAGGGCCCACGCCGGGUAGAAUCGUCCAUAGUUUCAAACGGGCAUCCUACUUUGAACCCUCUGCCUCGGCUGGCAACAGUGGUUUCAGUAAAAGUACUCCAGAGUUGCCCCCGAGUAUGCCUGUAUCAGAUGAGAUGGUCCCUGAUACGUCACAACAAUUUACUGAAAAUGGUUUUCUUAGCAGUGAUCUUGACAACAAUAUGAGUUACGGGUGGAAGGCUUGACUAACAAGGUUUGCUCCUUUGGGGAUUUUGAUGAGAUAAGAAUACUGCUAUAUACUUUUGUACAGGUUGAUUAUGUUAGAUUUUGUUUCCUUGUGAUUCUCCCCCUGUUUUCUAUCUUGAAGGCUCUACUCUCUUUGCUCCUCACAGGGUCGCUUGGUGUUCACACCUUGAAAGUCAUUUAAAAGUGUAAUCUAUUGAAAUUAACUUGCUUCAUCUUCCCUUCA